AGGCUUCCUAGUCCUCAUUGAACAAAAUGAUAGCCAUUUCGAAAAAACGUCACGAUGACGGAAAAGCAAGACGAGUCAUAGGCCACUCAGCAGGUGAGCGCCGACGAGGUCGAUGAUCGCUGCUUGGAAAGCGUGCUCGCUGAUAGAAUUUAAGAGCUCGAACUCUUACCAGACUCCUGCGAUGGGACGAUGGAGAAAGAUGGCAGGUAAUCGAAGAAAACGUGGUCGUAGCCUCUUUCGUAACGACGAAAAAAGGGGAAGAUCAUACAGUUGUAAUGACCAUCAUUGUUAAGGUCUCACUUAAGCCAUCUUUUCGUUCAUCUGUGACCUGCUUUCAAGUAGAAGAAGGGACACAGAUGAGGGAGAAGAUGCAUUGGAGUGAGUUCGAAUAUUGGAGGUGAGCUCUCGCAGGCUCCUCACUAGUAUUAUCAUCAGCGCUGCCACUGUCACUAUCAGGAUUCUUCACUUGUUUGCUCAUCAUGCAUUGCCCGUUUCAUCACGGUCAAUUAGCACAGCUUGUAACAAUUGUGAGAGUCUUGGACUGUGUGAUAUUACGGGUGUAGAGAGGUGAGAUUGAACCCUAUCAAAUGUGGUUCGUCAGGAUUUAAACUGAUUUAGGGUUAGGUCAUAAAAAACCAUUUUUUCGAGGACGAUUGGACUUCUCAACUUUCAGAUUUGGGUUCCUGAAGUUUCAAACUUGAGCUAUGGCCUCCAUCACUACCAUAGUUUCACUCUCAUCACACCAUAUCUGUUUCAUCGCUAUGAUAGUUGAUAUCGUCACCAUUGUGCUAGCCCUCGAAUGUGCUACUCUUAAAGUAGUAUGCCACUGUAGACGUUGCACAAAGUUGAAUCUGGAAGAUAUUGAAUGGGGCUCCUCAGGAUUUGAAUUGAUUUGCUUGGCGAUAAAAAACCAUUUUUUCGAGGAUUGGGCUUUUCAAAUUUCAGAAUUACGAAGUCGUGAAGUUCUAAGCUUAGAACUAUGGUCAUUACUAUCAGCAUAUCAAUCAGCGUAUCAAUCUCUUCACACCUCAUCUGUUUCGUCACUAUGUAUCAUAGUUCACAGUGUCACCAUUGUCUUCGCCUUAGAAUGCAUUGCGCCUAUGCAGAAAGUUGAAUCUGAAAGUGAAUGUGGCUCCUCAGGAUUUCAAUUGAUUUGCUUGGCGAUAAAAAACCAUUUUUUCGAGGAUUCGAGCACUUCCAGGUUCGAGC